UCUCCGGGCGGAGGAGGGAGGGGGCGUGGCUUGCGCGGGCCCCGCCCUCCCCCGGCACGCGGCGCGGCCGUUGUCGCCUCAGCGGCGCGAGGCGGCGCCUCGGGGGCAGCGCGCGCCCAACGGCCCCAACGGCCCCGCAGCCCCUCAGCGGCCCCCGCAACACCUCAGGGGCCCCCUCAGCCCCUCACGGCCCCGCAACCCCUCAGGGGUCCCCCUCAGCCCCCCAGCGCGACACUGCGGAGCCGUCGCCGGUGCUGGGGAGGGACGCGAGGAGCCGAGCUCACCCCGGCGGGAAGGCGGCGGGCGGGCCGCGGGCCUCUCCCAGCAGGUGCCCAGUGGCUGUGACCGGAUUUUGCCCGAAAGCUCUCGGUUCCCACUCGCAACUCAUCUGCCCCAGUGAUAGAGAAGUAAUAGAGAUCAUGGGGAAACGGGGCUUUGAGAUCGGUUGGAUUAAAGGGGAACAACAAGAGCAGGAUGAGGAAAAACUACCGAUGAACGAAGAAGAAAUACAGAGGUACGUAGGGAAAUUACAGAGCUACAUAGAAGAAAUGCAGAGGAAUGAAGAAGAAAUGCGAGAGAACAAAGAAAAAAUGAAGAGGAACGAAGAAAAGAUACAGGAGAUCGACGAAAAAAUGCAGGAGAUCAAAGAAAAAAUACAGGAGAACGAAGUGAAAAUACAGGAGGACAAAGAAAAAAUACAGCAGAUCAAAGAAAAGAUACGGAACAAUGAAAUGAAAAUACGGAUGAACAAAGAAAAAAUACAGGAAAAGAAAGAAAGAAUGCUGAAAAAUGUGGAAAAAAUACAGAAAAAUGAAGUAAAAACAGAGAACGAAAUAGAAGCAGAGGAGUGCAUGGAAAAAAUACAGGCAAUCAAAGAAAAAAUGAGGAAGAACAAAUCAAAAGUACUGAAGAACGAAGAAGGAAUGCAACUCAAAGGAGGAAUUAAGAACAAGGGAAAAGUACAGGAGCUGGACAAAAAAAUACAGGAGAUUGACGAAAAAAUACAGGAGCUUGACGAAAAAAUGCAGGAGGGCAAAGAAAAAAUACAGCAGCUCAAAGAAAAGAUACGGAACAAUGAAAUAAAAAUACAGACACACAAAGAAAAAAUACAGGAAAAGAAAGGAAGGCUGAUACAGAAGAAUACAGAGAACGAAGCAAAAAUACAGGAGAUCAGAGAAAAAAUAAAGGCAGCCAAAGGAAAACUAAAGAACAAAGAAAAUACCAAAAUACCAAAGAACGAAACCAAAAUACUGGAGAGUGAAGUAAAAACAGAGAACGAAAUGGAAAUUCGCAAGAACGAAAUAAAAAUACAGGAGAUCAAAGAAAAAAUACGGAAGAACAAAUUAAAAAUACAGGAAAACAAAGAGAAAAUAUCAAAGAUUGAGGACAAAACAGAGAACAAAAUAAAAAUACGUAGGAAAGAAGAAAAAAUACAGGAGAUUGAGGAAAAAAUGUGGAAGAUCAAAGACGAAAUGCGGAAGAUUGAAGAACAAAUACAGAGGAGCAAAAUAAAACUACAGGUAAACGAAAAAAUACCGAAGAAUGAAGAAACAAUAUCAACUAAAAAACUAAAAAAAAACCCCAAAACCUUUAAUAAAAUGCUGACAGUCAACUUUGCCACUGUCAUUUCUCCAUGCUGAGUGCCGGACUAUCAGGUGGAUGGAUGAUCUCCCUGUGUGUGGAUGCACUUGUGGCCCCUCCUGGGGCAGGAUGCUGGGCUGGCAGGAGGGCAUGGGGUAAAUCCCACAGCCUGCAGCAGGCUGGCCCUCCCUGCAAGGAGCAGGGAGCUGAACAAGGGCCGAAAAGUCACGUUCAGGGGGUGCCAUGAGGUGGCUCAUUUCCAGGUUGGGUGGGUUGGCUGCACCUCCUGCCCUGUCAGUGCCGGUCACUGUGUUUUGGGGGUGGGAUUUGCCAGGUCACACUCAUCACGGCCCCUGGGCUUUCUUCAUGGGGAUGGAGAAAUGGGGCUGUAAGAGUGAUCUUGUCCCCAGAGCAGGAUCUCCAAUGGCUGAUCCUGUUGUAAAUGGGAUCCUAGGGCAGUAAGGGGGGGUUGGAUGCUGAAUUUGGUGAUGGAUCAUCUGAAAGUGGUGUCUGCAACCGCACAGCUCCCCUCAGAGCAGCAUUUUGGGGAUGCUGCUGCCCGCUCUGCCCCAGCAGCCAGACCCCAAAUGUCCCAGUAAAAAAGUACCUGUCCAGGUGUUGGGUCAGUGGCAGCAGUGGGACACAGCUCCACCUCCACCUCAGCAACCACAGUUUUUUGGGUGUUCCCUCAGCACCUU